GCGGCGAAUCACAACUUCCACCCAUGUGUGGAGGAGAGAAAUGCCUCAUUGCGUUCAGUCUUGUGGUAUUUUGAUCUAAAGUUGGCAUCAGUAACUUUGAUAUCACCAAAUAAUAGUCGCACCUGAGCCCGUUGCGGCUGCGCCGGCGCGAUGGCGGAGAUCGUUCAGACGCGGAUUGAGGAGAGGAUCCCUGAGCUGGAGCAGCUGGAGAGAGUGGGACUGUUCACUAAGAAAGAAGUCAAAUCCUUAAUCAAAAAAGCCACAGCCCUGGAAUACAAGCUCCACAGGCUGGUUGUAAACAAAGAGGACUUCAUUGCAUACAUUCAGUAUGAAAUCAACGUUUUAGAGCUGAUCAAGAAGAGAAGGGUGCACGUACAUUACCAGUUCAAAAGAGAGGAGAUUGAGUUCCCCGUCAUCCAUCGAAUAAACAGUGUCUUCAGGAGAGCAACAAAUAAGUGGAAGGAUGAUGUGCAGCUGUGGCUCUCACAUGUUGCCUUCUGUAAGAAAUGGGCCACCAAAAGCCAGAUCAGCAAGGUGUUCUCCUCCAUGCUGGCCAUACACCCCGACAAACCAGCUCUGUGGAUCAUGGCAGCCAAGAGUGAGCUAGAGGAUAGAAACUCCUCGGAAAGUGCCAGACACCUUUUUCUGAGGGCUCUGCGCUUCCAUCCAAACAACAAGAAAGUCUACCAGGAGUACUUCCGCAUGGAGCUGCUGCACUGUGAGAAACUGAGGAAGCAGAAGGAAGAGCUGGAGAAAGCUGAGAUGGACCUGGGGGAAUAUGAGUUUUCUCCAGAGAUCCUGAGCGGCAAACUGGCUGAGGUUGUGUACAGAGAUGCUACAGGGAAAAUCGAAGAGGCCGAGUUUGUCGUCUCUCUUCUGAACAUAGCCGCUAUCUUCGACUUCACCAAAGAACUCCAGGACUUCAUCCUGCAAGACUUACAGACCAACUACACACAGGACAGCUUGACGUGGGAUUUCAUGGCUAAGAGGGAGCUGGAGGCUCCGGGGGCCGGGGAGGAGCUGCAGACAGCCAAGGGCCGGGCCUCAGAUAUCACCCGCAGAGAGGAGCGCUGCUGCCAGGUCUAUGAGGAGGGGGUCAAGAGCCUCAACACUGAGCCCAUGUGGACUUGCUACGCAGCCUUCUGCUUGGAGAGGGUGAAGAGGAAAACCAACGUCCAAGAGCUGAAAGAAAAGCGGCAGGAGAGGCUGCUGGGAGUGCUGCAGCGCGCCCACGACUCAGCACUGCUGAAGGAGGAUUAUUAUAAGAACUGGUUGAAGAUCCUGCUUUCAUCGGGAGAUGCAGAGGGAGCGGCCAGUGUUGCCAUGGCAGCUACGCAGCGCUACAGCCAAUCAGUGUCAGUGUGGGGCCUGAGUCUGCAGACGCUAAUGCAGCUGGGGAGUGGAGAUGUGGGCAGGCUAUUCCAGGAGGCUCUCACACACGUCAAUCCCAAGGAGAGUCUCCCACUUUGGCAGCUGCAGGUCCAAUGGAGCGUGGCCAGCCAGAACCCUGAGGAGACGGAGGCCGUCUUCAAGAGAGGUCUGGUGUCUGCAGUAGCGGCUGUUGCUAUGGAGAUGAAAGAGGGAUACCUUGAUUGGUCGUACUCCAGUGGAGGCUACAAGAAAGCAAGGAAGACCUUUACAAGCUUACAGGAAAACCGUCCUCUGUCCAAGGCCUUUUUCACCAGAAUGAUUGAGAUCGAGAAGGAACAAGAGACUCCCAAAAUUAACAAUCUGAGGGAUUACUACGAGAGGGCCCUGCAGGAGUUUGGUACCUCAGAUGACGAUCUGUGGCUGCAGUACAUCAAGGAGGAGCUGGGACCCCUCGGACAGCCAGAGAACUGUGGCAAGAUCCACUGGAGAGCCAUGAAGUUCCUGGAGGGCGAGAGCGUGGAGAGAUUCACUUCCACGUACACUCUGAUUCAGACCGGACAUUUAUGAGCCGCUCUGAAAGGUCCGUGUAUUCCAGAUCGAGGCCUGGAAGUUCAGAGUUUGUCAGCUGAAGAAGCAGCACGUUUCGGAGAAAGUGUUUUUCUACAUCCUGCUGUGCCCAUCCAUGAAUUGUUUCAUUGCCUUCGAUUGAAAAGCCAGUGUUGCAGUUUCUGAAGUUUGCGGUCCAUCAGGAAAAAGGCCUGUCGAUUCUUCUUCAAAUGUUUGAGCAGUGUUGAAGGGAGUUUCUUCAUUGAGAUUCAUCUUGUGUUUGCAGCUUUAAGCGGUCGAGUUUUACAGUUGUAAUUUACAACUUUCCGUUUUCAUUUACAGUAGUUUGUGCUGCAUUUGAUACCAGCCUUAUAUGGGUAACAUGCAUUGUAAAGAUAUCCAGUUUGAUUGAAUUCCACAUUUAUUUGGCUUCUUGAAAAGACAAACUUUGAUGCUGUUAAAAUGAAAUUAAAGCAGUCUUUCAUUACAGGGUGUUCUCUGUUGUGGUCCCUCUUGAGACAGUGACAUAACAAAUAUGCACAAAUAAAACACUUUUUUUCUAGACUCUAAUUUUCAGUAACCCACCCAUUUUGAAACAGCACUCAUGGCAGGUUAGUGAAGUUAAUUUAAGUUACAGUGCCAAAAAAAACAUUCUUUGUCCUCUAAAAUUCUUGUUUCACAUAUCAAUCCAGUGUUUGCCCUCAGUACCAAGACCAUUUCUUUCAAAUUACUUCCUUUCAUGGUGCAAAAUGUUGCCUUAAAAAAAAAAACAUAAAUAUUACGCAGCAGUAGUACAAUGGGAAAUGUUUCAAUGGCCAGCUGAAACACUGUCCAUAAAAAUCUUAAUACUUUUACAAUAAGUUUUUAAGUACACUUUGAAUGUUACGUUUAAGAGGAGUGUGGCACCUACAAUAAUGUAACAGCCAUGAGGUAUGAAUUCAAAAAGCAUGAUAUAAAUGGACCAUAAAGUUGAAUUUUUAAGUCUAAUAAUAUAUAAUACACCAAUAAAUUGGUAUUACAAGGGAUUACAUUGUGUUUAAUACUCCAAAACAAAAUGAAAAUGCUUACAUGGGCAUCGACAACGGUACUUAAUGGCAUCUAUUCAUUUAAAAAGCUGUUCAUGAGAGAACCUUGUGGGCAGUUUUUGGGGGGACUAUGAUAUUAAAUACAUUUAUAAAUAUGACACUAUUAAAGACGUUUAAAAUAUUAAAUUACCACAUACAUUAGUUUUAGGGCAAUUAGCUUCUCUUGAUAUCUCAGUCAAACUUAAAGGAAGUUAGUACAAACAUGCAAACAAGAGAACAUUAAAAAUUGUGCUUUAAGGCAGGAGUUGUUAUGGCGAAUGAUUAUUUUCAAUAAUAAUCCCUUUAGAAAAUGAGGCAAUUAUGAGGUUACAAGCAAGUCUUCUCUAUGAAUCUAUCUUUGAAAAUACUACUAAUGUGUGUUGUAGGGCUGGCAGAUGUUCUGGUUUGCUGAUUUAUUGAGCUACUUGGGCUAUUUAAAACCAAUCUGGCCAGUUUACUGCUGAUGUAAUGAAGCGUCCGUGCUGACAUUGGUUGUUUCUGUAUCAGAGACCGAACCUGAGAAAAUACUUAACUGUGUUAAGGACAUAUUUCAGUCUACAGCUUCAGCCUGCAACACUUGUGAUGAGCUGCUGAGUCAUUAGUCGUAUAAUGGCUAAAUGCUUUAUCAGAGGCCUGUAAAGGAUAACAUUUUGGGGUGACAACAAACCCUUUUAGUUGUAACACUUUCUAUUUUAAAGGGACAGUUCACCCAAAAAUAAAAUAAUUAUAUUUUCUUUCAUACCUUUUUAUCAGUCUAGAUUGUUUUUUUGUCUGUGGAUGAGUUUUGGAGAUACCAUCAGUAGAGAUGUCUGCCUUCUCUCCAUUAUAGUGGAACAAGAUGGCACUCUACAUGUGGUGCUCAACGUGCCCAAAAAUA